AUGGUGCACACAAGGUCACUUCAAUACGGUUCAGUCAGUUUUCUUGCGCUUCUAAACGAACCCGUGGCGUUACCCCACGCCCACACUUACUCCCCUCGCCUAUACCCCUUGAUCUCCCACGCUCCCCUGCCGCGCGGGGAUGCCGUUUUCCCUGCCAUACUCCCCUCGGUCGUCACCCUCUCUCUCCCUUACUCCCCUCUCUCGUACCCCUUUCUCUCCCAUGCUCCACUCUGCUACACCCCCGUCUCUCCCUUGCUCCCCUCUGCUAUACCCCUUAAACUCACCACUCCCCUCGGAUAUACCCCGUACUCUCCGUUACUCCCCACGUUUAUACCCCUUUCUCUCCCUUUCCGCCCUCGGCUAUACCCCAAUCUCACCCAUGCUCCCCUCGGCCCCCUUUCUCUCCAUCAUAUCCCACGGCUAUACCCCUUUCCCUCCCUUACCCUUUUCGCCUAUACCCCUUUCUCUGCCAUAACGCUCCUCGGCUAUACCCCAUUCUGUCCCUUACGCCACUCUGCCUUACGCCCCUGCUUCCCCCUACUUACCCCCUUUACCUCUCUGCCUAACGCCCUUCUUCCCCCUCUCCCCUCUCUGCCUUACUCUCUUCUUCACCCUUACCCCUUUCUGCCUUAUACAUUUUGUCCGCCUUUCGCCAAUCUGCCAUACUCCCAUUGUAACACCUUUCCCCUCUCUACCUUACAUCCAUCCCCCCCCCUUUCCCUCUCUGCCUUUCACCCUUCUUCUCCCUCUUCCCCCACUGCCCACACACGUCGAUCCCCUCUCUGUCCUAAACAUCCUUCUUCCCCCUAUCCCCUCUCUGCCUUACCCCACUUCUUCCGCCUUUCCACCCUCUCCGCCCUACACCCUUCUUCCCCCUUUUCCUCCUCCCUACUUCCCCUCCUCCUCCCUGCUUCCCCUCCUUCUCCCUACUUCCCCUCCUCCUCCCAGCUUCCUCUCCUUCUCCUCCCUGCUUCCCCUCCUUCUCCUCCCUGCUUCCCUCUCUCCCCUACCUGCCCUCUCUCCUCCGCCUUUCCUUUCUCAACUCCCUGCUCUCUCUCCUCCCCUCUCAAAUCUCAACUUGACCUCUCCUCUCCCUCUUACCUCCCUCAUCUCCCUUUUCUCUCUCGCCUCCCAGCUCCCUAUCCCUUCAAUGCCCUCUCUCCCCUUACGUGCUCCAUCUUUCCUUCGCUCACUCACACACCGUGCUCCAUCAAUCCUUUGAUGACGCUGUCCUCACUCUGUCGUACCGUCCAUUUUCCCAUAUCUCACUAUGUCAUCCCUUCACCCUCUUCCCCGUGCCUUUCUUUGUCCUCCAGGGUUUAG